GAUGCCUCUGAAAAAGCAGGAAGCGCUGGCCGGGGAUGGGGCGGCGGUCACGUGACACUGUCAGUGGCGGAGCCGCGCUGUUUUUGUAGUGCGAUAUCAGUGCGGUCUUAUCAGUAGCAGGUAAUGUUACCUUGACUGACGUGUGCAAUCCUGGCCAUAUGUAAUAAGAAGAUGCUUGUAUACAAGUAGGAGGAACAUGCACCACGUGUUCUUCUUGGAAGAUGGCUGCUCAUCGUGACCCAGUGGAUGCCCUGAGCAGCUUAGACUUUGAUUUGGACUACUCGUCAUGGAACACCCGUCUGAUUCUCAUUGUGGCAGGAUUCCUGUUUUAUGGGGUCAUUUUUACAUUCAGUCACCUUUCAUCUGCGGUGCUCUCUGCCACCUAUAGAUCACUCUCCGCCAAAGAAAAGGUGUUCUGGAAUCUUGCGGCUACGCGGGCAGUGUUUGGCGUGCAGUGCAUCGUGGCUGGGCUAACAGCACUACUCGUCGACCCAGUUCUUCUUGAGGAUCAGAUCACUGGUCAGAAGGGCUGGGCCUCUUUUACCAUAAUGAUAGCAACUGGGUUCUUUCUGUUUGAAAACCUUGCUCUUCACAUGUCUAAUUUUGUAUUCUGGACCUUUGAUAUCUUUCUGGCUGUCCACCACUUCUUUGCUUUUAUAGGAUAUUUUGGAGCUGUGAUCUGCAGUACAGCAGGUCAUUAUUUGCCAAUGGUUACGUUGUUAUUAGAGAUGAGUACUCCAUUCACCUGCAUUUCAUGGAUGCUGCUAAAGGCGGGUUGGUCCCAAACGUUAUUUUGGAAGGUGAAUCAGUGGAUUAUGAUUCACAUGUUCCAUUGCCGCAUGGUCCUUACCUAUCACCUGUGGUGGGUAUCUCUUUACAACUGGGAUCGCCUGGUGAGAUCGGUCACAGUGCUGUAUGUAGCUUUCUUCUUUGUUGGACUGGCUUUAGUUACUUUUAUAAUGAACCCCUAUUGGACCUAUAAGAAGACCCAGCAGCUCCUGAGACCUGUUGACUGGAACUUUGAAUCAACAUCUAAAAAAUCUUCAAGGGAAAGAAAUGGCGGAAUUAGCAGGAAGAAAAAAGAAUAGUACAUGCGUGAGGCUGUGCUAGAACAGUGUUUCCAUUUUCUACAAUUAGUAUCUCCCGGCAGGAUUUAAAGGGAACCUGUCACCGGGAUUUUGUGUAUA